AUGUCCCUGAGCACCGGGGAGCCGGCCUCGGAGACGGGAGAUGACAGCCUGUCUGCAAUAACCUUUGACUCCGACUCAGAGAUGAAAGCGAAAAGGAAAAGUUUCCACAGACCUCCCCCUACAUCACCGAAGUCACCUUAUCACUCUAAGCCGAGAAAAGUGGCCUCCUGGAGGUCUCUGAGGACAGCCGGCAGCGUGCCUCUCGGGAGCCGAGUGUCCUUAACCCCCCAGAAGCUGUGGCUGGGAAGCUCAAAGCAAGGAAGUCUGACCCCAGCCCUGAAAUCAGACCUCACCUUGGAGCGUGCAUGGACCAACAGCCCCCCCAGCAGCACCCCUGGCUGUUUGACCGAAGCGGAAAGAAUGCAGAGGUCAAAUCUCAGGCGUUCUGCCAGCCACGGUUGUGUUCCUGGGACCGCUGUCUACAGAGAGAAGGAGGGCAUGUAUGACGAGAUCAUUGAGUUGAAGAAGUCAUUACACGUGCAAAAAAGCAACGUGGAUCUGAUGAGAACAAAGCUUCGGCGCUUAGAAGAGGAAAACAGCAGAAAGGACCGGCAGAUAGAGCAGCUUUUGGAUCUGUCCCGAGGCCCGGAUUUUGUUCGGACUCUGGCAGAGAGAAGGCCUGAUACUGGCUGGGUGAUCAGUGGGCUAAAGCAGCGGAUUCUCAAGCUGGAGCAGCAGUGCAAGGAGAAGAGCCACACUAUCGACAAACUGCAGACUGACAUGAAGACCACUAACUUGGAGGAGAUGAGGAUCGCCAUGGAGACGUGUUACGAGGAGAUUCAUCGUCUCCAGACUCUCCUGGCAAGUUCUGAAACGACAGGAAAGAAGCCUCCAGUGGAGAAGCACAUCGGCCUUAAAAGGCAGAAAAAAAUGAGCAGUGCCCUCCUGAGCUUGUCCCGGAGCGUCCAGGAGCUCACAGAGGAGAACCAGAGCCUGAAGGAAGACCUGGACCGCGUGCUGAGCGACUCCCCCACUGUCUCCAAGAUAAAGGGCUCUGUGGAGUGGAGCAAGCCCCGGCUGCUUCGGCGGAUCGCAGAGCUGGAAAAAAAAAUAAGCUUGAUGGGAAGCCCCAAAUCGCACGCUUCAGAGGUGGUCAGGUCUACCCCACCGGCUCACUUGGUGUCCAGCCCGUCCCCACCGGCUCACUUGGUGUCCAGCCCCACGGCGCACCGGCAGCCGCGCCCCGGCCGCCAGGAGAGCGAGCGACUGCGGGGGGUUGUGAAGAGCCUGAAGGGCGAGCGGAAUGCCCUGCGCACCCAGCUGCAGGAGCGAGAUCUGGAGGUAAAGCAGCUACUGCAGACAAAGGCUGACUUGGAGAAGGAGCUGGAAAACAUGAAGGAGGGAAGAGAAAGAGAGAAGGCUUUGAGGGAAGAAAUUCAAGCACUUACCAGGAAGUUUCGAGAACUGGAAGAAAGUAAGAAAGGAGUGGAGGAGGACCCCGAGGAAACGAGUCCGGAGACCCAGGAAGCGCCCCGACCCCCCGGUCCCUCCCAGACGGACUCGGAGCUGGACACGAGCGAGGGGGGCUCCUCCCGGCCGCGCUCCGGCUGCUCCGAGCGGAGAAGAGACGCCGCCGCCCGGCUUCUGCAGCGCCGGUGGAAGGGGCACCAGCACCGGAAAAAGAAGGCCGUUCUGGACGAGGCUGCCGUGCUGCAGGCGGCUUUCCGGGCGCAUCCGGCACGGGCGAGGCCAUUGUCUAGCGGAGUGUGCAGCCCGGACCCCCCUGCCGUGCCAAGCCCUCCCACCCAGGACUCGCCCGAGCCCCGCGUCCCGAGCCCUGUCGUCCAGGCCGAGGGGGACCCAUGGCAAGAGGAGGCCAUCACCAUCAUCCAGUCUGCCUUCCGGGCACACCUGGCACGGGCCAGGCACAGGGCAGUGCCAGACACCUGCGGGGGCUGCCCAGCCAGAAAGGCACAGGGUGUGUCACCAGAGCAUAAGCUACACUCACCCACCCGGCCAGCCACGGCCGGGGGUGCAGGGGACACGCCCGAGGCCCCUCACAGGGACCUGGGCCCGCCGGCCUCGCACGAUGUCUCAGGACCUGGGCCCGUCGGCCUCACACGAUGUCUCAGGACCUGGGCCCGUCGGCCUCGCACGAUGUCUCAGGACCUGGGCCCGUCGGCCUCGCACGACGGGAAAGAGCCGGCCCCAAGCGACUCCCCAGAGCCCGACAGGCUGGCCGGUUCCGGGCUCAGGCAGGAAGACAGCGAGGGGAGCAGCGGGGAGACCGCGGAGGCUCUGGCUCCCGGGGACGGAGCACCGAGGCCAUGGGGGCCAGGGGCACCGGCAGCCCCGCCGCCCUGCUCUGCCUUCACCUUUCGCGGCUGUUUUGCUUUGGGGAAACUGGCCGACGCUUGGGAGCUGAGCGCAGAGGGUGCGACGCAGCCCUCUCCCUCGGGGCUGCAGCGCGCCGCGACUCCACCCGCGGAGGACGUGAACUCCGACGACUCCGACGAGAUCGUCUUGGCUCCGCCUCUGCCCACGAAGAAAAUCGCCUCCCCGCCCUAG